AUGGCAAAUCCUCUUUUACCCCUCUCAUCCUCCUUCCAGAAUGCACGAGCUCGGUCUCCCAAGAUCGGCUCAUCGCCAUUCCUCACCAAAACAAUCGAUGAACAAGCCGAGUCAGAAUUUCGCGUUCCAUCAAGUCCAUUGAAAAAAGCCUGGACAGAUCAUGUAUCACCAGACCCCAGUGUGUACGAUUCGAAUGAAAAUUACAUCCCUAACGACGACGACGAGAUUGAUGCAAACAACGAUAAUGCCGCUUUUCAAGAUGCCGAUAGCUCACCAUUCCGGGAAAAUGCGCGAGAAGACACCGUCGAUUACCAAAAAUUGCAAGAGUAUCAACAACGCACACCCUCGCAAUCGCGGCAUCGCUUUGGGCUGGGACCAGCAGAAGACCCGAUGAGUUCUCCCUUUCGUCCUGAGGGAAAAGACGAAACGGUAGACUUUCAGAGACUGCGUGAGAUACAACCAAUGUCACCUGGCUUGAGUAAGCGUCUUGCCAUCGAUAACCCGGAAAGUUCUCCAUUCCGACCAGAAGGGAAGGAUGAGACAGUGGAUUUCGAUCGGUUGCGCGAGCUGCGGGCUGAAUCGCCUGAUUUUGAUGAGCAGCCUCUGGAGCCAGAAAGUUCGCCACUUAGAUACGAUCCCAGAGAAGAAACUGUUGACUUCCAUGGUAUUCGAGAAGACGAAGUCAUACGAGAGUCUAUGAGCAAUUCUCAGCCAACUCCUCCCAAGGCGCAUAGUUCACCUUUCCGACCCGAUGCCGGAGAUGAUACUCUCGAUAUGCGAAAGUUACGCCCGACACCUCGUCUAUCACCGGGCAUGGAAAGCAGUCAUUCCAAUGCUGCUACGCCUCGGAAAAGAUCGUUUGACCAGACUCCGCAAGAUUAUGGCGAAGACGCAGAGAUCAAUGAGCGGGCAAAAAAGGGCAUGCUCAGCCGAGCUCAAGGUCCCGAGAUUCACAUCGAUCUUGAAGAUGAGUCCAGCGUCAUCCACGACCAAAGUUUGCUUUCAACUGCGAGUGCCUCUCAAGACCGGUCGACAAUUGCAAAUAGUAUGAUUGAAGACAAGCACAAUGAGGGCAUGAGUACUGUUCUUCAUGACAAUGAUGAUAUGAUGGACAAAGAAAACGACGGCCAUGAUGCUGGAAAUUCCAACCUUAGUGAAGACGACCACGAUCCCAUGGACGAUACUGGUUUGAGCAACUUCUCUGUCCUGCCAGACAUGACCUCCUUUGCAAACCUUCGUGCCGACUCGCCUCUAAAGUCAAUGCGUGGCAGCGUGGGGCCCAGCCUACCUGCUACCGCAAACAUGUACCGUCGCAGUGUGGAUCCAGCAACUCCAGGCACUGCACGAAGAUCGCAUAGAGCUAGUGCGCUGCUUGAUGUCGAUUCAUCGAUUGGAUCGCCUACCCCCAGAAGACGGGUUUCUCGAGACAUCGGUAACCCGGAAAGGACCCCCAACUUGCUCGAUUUCUCCGAUCAAAUGAACUUCUACCCUCGUCAUUCGACGCAACAAAACUCUCAGUACUCUCCUCGGCGGUCUCCCGUGAGGAAUAUGCGGCAAUCCAUGCGGUCGCCAUCAAAACUGUCUCUACUGGAUUUCGAUAUUCCGCCUGCACCAACACCCCGCUCCAUUCCCACUGUCACACCCCGUGAAUUAGAGUCGCUCAAAUCCGGCUUCAUGUCAGAGAUCUCUUCGCUCAAGGCCACUCUCAGUGGCAAAGAGGCGGAGGUCGCCUGCUUGAAGACAGCAAUAGGAGACGCAGAGAGGCGAGUUGGAGAAGCCUUGGAAGAAAUUCGCAAUGAGGUUGCCCGGAGAGAGACCUUGGAGAUUGAGCAGGCCGAAUGGGACCGCCGAGGUAAAGAUAUGGAAAGAGUCCUGCAAUCCGUCCGCAGUGAGCUGGAAGAUGGUGAACGUGAGCGAGACCGCCUCGCUAGAAAAGCUGAAGAUGCGGAAAAGAGCAAGGAACAACUUGAAAGCAGAAUUGUAGAGCUUGAGACACAGCUGUCCACCGCACGUUCUUCUACUUCAGAAUCUGCCAGCCAAGGGUCACGACGACCCUCACAGUCGGCAGAAGACACUGCACGGGAAGUGCAGGAUGCCGUUGAGAAGGUUGCUCGUGAGCUUCACACUCUCUACAAGGGCAAACAUGAGACCAAGGUUGCAGCAUUAAAGAAGAGCUAUGAGUCUCGCUGGGAAAAGCGCCUUCGUGAGUCAGACAACAAGCUUACUGCUGCCCGCGAGGAAAAUGAACGGCUGAAGGCUGAGCGUAAUGCUGCCGACUCCGACUCCAUGGCGGCCGCCAACGCCAGCAUGAUCGCCCGUGAGAAUGAUGAACACGAAGCCGAAAAGCGUGUCUUUGAGGCUCAGAUUCAAGGCCUACAGCAUGAGAUGGCGGCAUUGAAGGAAGACAGUGAAAGACUGCGCUCCGAGCUCAGAACUGAGCGUGCUGAAAAGGGAGAGCUUGUUGCUGCUGUUGAUGAGUGGCUGAACAUCCAGGCCACCCAGCCUGCGCCAGUUCAGCAACAGGAAAGGGAGCCUUCUGUCUGCUCUGCUGGUAUUCCCGAGGAGGAUUACCAGUCAACCAGUGAACCUCCCGCCGAAAACCUUCGUCGAAGUGUGAGCCGUUCUGGAUCCAGUGGCAUUCGCCCUCCUUCUACAACUGAAAAGAAAGGUCCACGUUUCGGAGCCCCGGGUGGCCAUUCUCGCGGUAACAGCGGAGGGAAAUCCGGCAUUGCUGUGUUCACUCCUGGGCGCGGUGGAAUCAUGAGCUCUAUUGAGCGAAUGGGACGUGGAGGUGCUUAA